UUCUCUUACUUCUUGAAACACUCAUAUUAAUUUUCACAAGAGUACUGUUGCGGAUAUUGCAACCAAAGUACGUAAAACUUAUAUUGCCGUCAUAUCGCUGACCAGCCAGAUCCCAAGGAUUCUGGCUAAACUAUAUAACGGUCCUCGCGUCUGUGCAGUGUCGUGCGAUUUCAGGUGCGCGGGCAUCGGUCUGCUGGGGUUUGGUGGUUAACUGAAUUAGAUGACUCAGAUAUUGGGAAAUUAACUCGUGACGUCCGUGUCCAAUAUGGUCGCCAUGAUAAAGACACUGUUGCAUUCUGUCAUAAGUGUAACCUACAAGUUAUACAGCUUUUGUUUUUUUGUUUGUGAUUUUGUUUAAAAGUAUUAAAUAAUACUUAUUGUGAAGAUGCGUUUAAGUAGUUCGAGAUAUUUGUACAUUUGCAGACUGUUCCUAUCAACACGUAAUUUUAUCAAAGGUGAAAAUUUAUUAAAUUGUGAUCAUUUGGCAUAUGGCAUAGCAGAACAAACGAAAAACUGUUUUUAUUUGCAAAUCUCUAACAUGAGAGAUCCACCACAUCAAAUAAAAAUUAUUUUAAGCAUGAAUGGGCAAAUAAAUUUAGCCGAAUGCACAUGUAAGACUGGUUUAAGUGCAAAGUGUAAGCAUAUAAUUGCUGUGUUAUUAUUUUGCAAUCGAAAAGACAUCGAAGAAUUAGAUCAAAUAUCUUGUACUGAUAUGAAAUGUGUGUGAAAUUUCCCUCACAUAGCAGUAUUGGACUCAUAUAAGACAGUUCCUCUAGCAGAGCAUAAAUGCUUUAAGGUUGAAGAACCAAAAGAGAGUGAGAAGAGCUCAUUCAUUAAAUCUAAAUUAUCUAUCAUUCCAUCUAUUAUUCCAUCAUCAUCUAUAAUACAUUUGUAAGAUAUUUUUCAUAAAUUAUGAGAUGAUACAAAUAAUAUAUAAU